UAUGUUUGAUAUAAGUUUUGGGAAAUUUUAGGAUAUUUAGGUAUUUACAAUAUUUAUUGCUCGGAUAAGUCAUUACAAAAUUAAGUCGUUCGGAAAAACGACCCAAGGAUUUUCAAUGAAUAGAAAAAUUAUCGAUGCACACGAUUAGUAAACAAUUUUGUUUCAUCAUGAUCUCGUCCAAUUAUCUGGGAGCGUGUUAAACCUUAACAAACAAUAUGAUAUUAUUGGGUUAGUGUACAGUUGUAUACGCAGAAAACAACACCCAUGGGAAAGGACACGAACUCGUCGAUGACCAUGGGGAAAGAGUCCACUUGAUGUUGGGGGUCCCUUUGAAUGCAUGCAGCACGGCACGGUCCCGGAAAUCAGUCCCGUCACGCAGGCCGGAAACUGGACGAUGCCACGUUGCUGGAUUGACAUUAAAUCCCAUCAACCAUUCUCUCUGUUCAAAGCAAUUACUUAUUCCAUGUUAACGUAUUACAAAUUACAAAUUAAACUUGAUUUUCGUGAUCCGCUUAAUAGUUCAUCUAAUUUAAAAACGCAAAUUUCUAAAAAUAUUCGUAUAAUACACUAACUAUAAGUCACCAUUACAUAUAUAAGAUGUAUAUCGUAGCAUUUCUCCAUUCUCAAGAAUUUUUUCUUCAGUAUCAAAGCUCAGAGAAGUCUCAUCGAUACUUCUCUCUUCACAGAUUUCUCUUCGAACUGCACGAAUGAAGGCUGCAAUUGGUCCAUCAAAAUCGAAUUCCAUAUCGACUGCAUAUAAUAUGGUGCUUUGUCGGCUCGCUUCCGCCACAGGUUCCGUAGCCUGAAAUUUAAAGAUCUUCAGGGGUAACAUUAUUUUCAGGUCGUAACACUCGGUUUAAGACGAUAUUCGGUUUCGGUACCGACGAACAGGUUCGCCUUGCAAGUGUGGGUACCUAUGAGUGCACGUACGCGCGUGUGCAGGUGCACGAUGGGCGUACGCCGUGCAGCUUGCAAAGAAUUGCACACGAAGGAAGAGACUCGCCUGUGGGAAAGUAACGCAACACCAUGAGAGCCAGCGACCUGGACCGCUGCUGCCAAACUCCCAUAGCGGCGUAUGCAUGCCAUAGCAGCGUACUCGUGGUGCUGGAUGUGCUUGUUGCGUGCACGAGGAUAAAGUGGCUGACCACCGUGGUUCCGAUAUGCUCUCUGACUUCGUUCUAGCCGAGUUCCCGUCCCUGGUGAGAUCAAAGAGGGAUGCUGAAGCACGUGUCAGUCUCGCCGUGGCGAGGGCGAGCAGAUAGUGUGAGCCUGGCUUCGAGCGGGGGUGCGAGUAGCUGCGGAAGCGGAAGUCCUACCCCUGGACACACACCACCGCCAUCAAGGGCAUCUUCGUGCGCUUCGCUUGCGCCCUUAACCGCCCUUUCGAGUUUUUCUCCUGCUGACGCAACUCCACAGCAGACAACCAUAAAGGUGUACGCCAACUGCCUGCGACCAGACAUCGAGUACAAGACCCUGUGCAUCUCGUACGAAACGACUUGUCGUGAGAUCGUCCAGAACUUAUUGAACAAGUAUCGCAUGAGGCACCGUGAUCCCAAGCUGUACUACCUCACCAUGGAGGUCACCGUACGAAGACCCAAUGUGAGGACCGUUCUUCCUUUGGACGAGGAUGCAAGGCCUGCCGUCUUACAAUCGUGUCAUCCUCGUGGCGAUUCCAGAUUCUCGUUGCAAACACGUCGUGGUGGACUUGUCAAAAUAUACGACAGCGCGCUCAUGUCCGGAUCAAAGUACAAGAGUCUGCUAGUCUCAGAACAGACUACUGUGGACGAACUGAUCCAGAUGUUAUUGAGCUGCUACAGUUCUAAAGAACGCGUCGAACAAUUCUCUCUAUACGAGGUCUGCGAAGGCGAAGAGUACCAAAGGAAGUUGCAUCCUGACGACUCACCCCUUAAAGUCACGCAACGAUGGGCAAGCGCCGAUCGUCAUCUUCGCAUAAGACGCAACCCUGACUACAAUCCUCACAGAAGAAAAAGCAUGUGGGCGUCGGACUCGAGCAUCAGCAUGGCGAUGUCAAGACUGAACCUCCACAGUACCCAUCAGGCCCAUUACAACCCAGGAAACGACAACAACAAUCAUUUGCAGUUGUACCAGCAUAAAGAUACCAGUUCGAUUAACAAUAAUAACAUCCAUAAGAUCGACCAGCAUCAUCUGUCCUUGGGUUCGCUGAAUCAACAACCAAGAAUCGUGGUGCCCCACGCGACACAACUACCGCAGUUGCAACUGCCUCGAAUGCAACAAUUGCCUCAGAGCGUUCCAUCAACGCCAAUCUCAUCGAAACACAUCACAGCGUCCUCGUAUGCGGACUACGAAAAUUAUUUGUUCAUAUAAAUUCGUCGUAUAAUUAAUUUUAAUUUGUUGAUAGAGUUGAUUCAUGAAUGCUAUACAACGUGAAAAUGAAAAAUAGAGUUGCAGCUGCAUGAAAUGUGCUGAUAAUUGGCUGUAGCUUUUUCUCAAUCGUGUUAAGCAGUAUUUGAAGCAAGAAGUUGAGUAAUGGUGAGAGCUAAAAUGUGGCGAGAUUUUUCAGGUAGGGCCUGGUUUUCUUUGAAAAUUAGAAUUUGAGGGAAGAUUUUGGAGGAAGAUUAAUUUGCAGGAAUGUAGUUUUUCAGAUUUGAGAUUAUGUGUGAAUGGUAAUGGAUUAUGAAGGAAUGGAAAGUAAAUGGUAAAAAGGAGCACGGAUUCGUGUCUCGGCUAUAUCACGUCGAUCAGACGGAACAAAGAGAACUUACGAUUAUAGUCAAUAGCGAGAACAAUUGUACCAAAGGUAGACGUACGAAACGUUAGGUAAAUAGUAUAUUCAGCCGUAUAUUGUGUAAAUGUCUUGCGAUAGAGAGAUAUGCUAAUGGACAAAGUCGGAGUGUAAUAACAUGUAAGUCUUUGGGACUUAUCUAAAUGUCGUCGUUAAAGUAUUGAAUUAAAUGUUUCACAAUUUUAUAAUGUAUUACGAGAAGAUAAAUAAUCGAGGGGAAUAUUAAUAUUUUUACAGGCAACUUCUAUAGAAUUUGUAUAAGAAUUUAAAAAUGGUACAAAAUAGUCCCGCGGGUUUCACACCAUCGUGUAUUUAUAUGUUAGAAAUUACAUUUUACCCAAGAAGAUCGAGGAAUGUAACAGUUAUUUAUUUAUAACAAUCGUGUAUGCGUCUAAGAGAGCGAGCCUGGGAAUUUUAAGUUAUUUUAGCAGGAUCCCGCGCUGUAAAUUUCGUCGUGCAAUACGAUUGAACGGGAUUCGAGUGUAAAUAUAUCGAAUAAACGACGAGGUACUCGGAUAGCUUUGGUAAUUACCCCUAGCAGCCAGUCGCGAUUGUAAAUGUUACAAAAAUUGACAAGUUUGUCUGGUUUAAUUUUCACAGAGCUUGCAUUUAAAGAAACAUACUAUCAAUAUUAUAUCUUCUUUUUAUAAAUCGUUGUAAAUAGGCAAUUCUAUCUUCUAUCUUUUCUAUUCUUUUCAUCACGUUUCGUUAAGGUUGCAUCGAUUGCCAAAGAGUCGCCACGAUAUAAAACUGAAAACCGCGUAGAUUUAAUCACGUGCGACAAAACAAGCAGAGCCUAUUUCUUUUUCGCCGCUUAUGCGUGUUGCAAAUGUGAAAUCGUUGCGUCGAGAUUGCGCAAAUAGAUCGCGAGUUCCGCGCGAUUUACCAGCUUAACUUGUAACGAGUACAAUGAACCUUGUAUUAUUCCAAGCGACACGGUAGAAUGUAAAUAUUCAUUUUGUAACGUCGUUUAUAAUUCAUCGAAGAAAAAAAGUUUCGUCUCACGUGUCUAAAAA